AUGCGCGGUGACUCUGUUUGGCGAAGCUCGGUGGAUCACACGACGUGGGAACACGGCCAAGUUGGUGGAUUUACUGCUCCCAGCGCCGCGCCACGGAUUCGAUGUGCGGGUCAGGAGCGAGCAUUAGUUACUACGAAGGCAAAUCGCGAUCGCGGCGUUCCACGACAACAAGUCUGCUGGCAGUCUGUUGGUAAGCGGCCAGGAAUUCCCGAGGUGAUUGACGGGCCACUGACCGAGCCCUGGGUGCCGCCGAGCGAGGCCCAGUUGCUCAUCUGCAGCAGAUCCAAGGGGUGCCCCUGUCUGUCAUGUGAGAAGCGUCGGAGGUGCCAAAAGUUUGGCUGUGUUCCGAGGAUGGGCCGUAGCCAAUGA